CGCCGCUUCAGCAGUUAAGUCUUCAGAGUAAUGCAAUGUAUUCUCCAAACGGUGUUUCUAGUUCAAACAUGGUACACAACAACACUAUCAAUGUUCAGACUUUAGAUUCUUGUCCAAACACAAUGGAUCCAGGUAGCGGGGGGAAUACCCUCAACAACAGCCCGAGUCUGGCUUCAAAACAACGUCUGCGUUGGACAAAUGAACUUCAUGAACGGUUUGUUGAUGCUGUGGCUCAACUUGGUGGACCAGAUAGGGCUACUCCGAAAGGUGUCCUCAGAGUCAUGGGCGUGCAAGGGUUGACAAUUUACCAUGUAAAGAGCCAUUUACAGAAAUACCGACUUGCCAAAUACCUUCCUGAAUCCUCUUCUGAUGGUAAAAGAGCUGACAAAAAAGAGUCAAAGGAUGUGCUCUCUAGUUUAGAUGGGUCAUCUGGAAUGCAAAUUACUGAAGCACUAAAGCUGCAGAUGGAAGUGCAAAAGCGACUACACGAGCAACUUGAGGUCCAACGCCAGCUACAACUAAGGAUAGAGGCUCAAGGCAAGUAUUUGAAGAAGAUAAUAGAAGAGCAACAACGGCUCAGUGGGGUUCUCUCUGAAACACCCGAAUCUAAUACCGUGCCUGACCCGUCUACUCCUGCACCAACAUCCGAGCCUCCAUGUGGUGACAACAACAAGCUUGCAAAGGAGCGAGCACGACCAAAUAGCUUGUGUCUUGAUGAAUUGUCAUUCUCUCGUCAUGAACCUCUAACCCCAGAUUCUGGUGGCCACGAGGACUCUCCGCUCAACUCCCCAACUGGAGAGAGGCCUUCAAAGAUGCUUAAGUUUAGUUCGGGUGUUGCACUGCCUCAGCCCGACCCAAUACAGUUUUCGUGAGAAUGGGAGCAGAUCAACUGGAGUGAAGACCAACAUGGUAAAAUGUUUGCGACACCAAAAUGUUGUUAUAUCAUUGAAUCGACUUUGUAUGCCUGAUCUUUAUCUUAAGUACACGUUUUACUAUUAGGUUCUUGAGAUCUUGUUAUAAAACAUUCAAAUGCAGCAAAUUUAGUUAGCUGUCAUUUACGGCGCUGUAUCUCUGAACUCCCGUUUCACUCAGCAAAAUACUUCAUUUAUGUCUACAUGCCUUCCUUCUAA